AUUCUAGUUUGUUCUGGUGCCAUUUUCGUUACAAUAUAAAGUAACUAUUGCAGGCAACAAAAAAUGCCUCGACAUGCAAAUUAAUCUAAUAAUAUGUGAUAAGUGGCAAUACCGUUCUGAGAAUCAAUUCCUAUCAAUUUGGUCGUUGUUAUGAAAUAAACCACAGGAAAGUAAAAAGUCGAUUGUUCUUACAAAUAUUUUGUUAACAAUUGUAAAAAACAGGUUUUCGUGUUUAAAGUUAAAUAACAUUCAGUGUAAUAUCAAACAUUGUGUUCGGAGAUAUGGAGCGAUCUCAGCCAACAGAGCAUCAUCUACUGGCAAAUUAUCAAUUCACAGCCGACGAAAUAAGGGUAUUAAGGGAAUGUAACUCUGAAUCUUUCUUUCAACGUUCUCUGCCGUUAGGAACUGCAUUGGGAGUAGGCGCAUAUUUGGCGGUUAAGAAUGGUUAUUUAAAACCACACUUUAAGUAUGGCGCAGUGCCCAAAGUAGUCGUAGGUGUGAUAAUAGGCUAUUUUGUUGGAAAAUUUAGUUACCAGCAAAAGUGCGCAGAAAAGCUAAUGAGAAUACCUAAUUCAAAACUCGGAGAAUUAUUAAAGCAUCGUCAACAAGAUGGAAGCGUUAUAAGCAGACUUAAUCCAGACCAAGGUAUCGGUAUUGGAUUAGCCUUGUCGCCAUUUAAUUCAACUGUAACAAGUGACGAACAAGCUCAAGAUUUUCCCCGUGCUAGUGCUCUCAAUUUAGAUAUGGAAAGUCGGCCUUCAAUCACAGGUCUUGAUGACAUUUAUCGGCCCUCAUUGGAUAAUACACCUUUCUACGAAACGGAAUUGCCAAUCGAAGCCAAACAUAGUACGAGUUACGAAGAGCUGCGAAGAAAAAAUCGUGAAGAAUAUGAGAAAAAACAGCAGAACGCAUUUUCUCGCCCUCUGCCUCCAAAUGCUCCAGUUGUUAUUCGGGAGAAUGAAUCAAUUAAAACUGCUUUUGGAGCCGACAGCAGUGCGUCAUCAAAAAGUGCUCAUAAAAAUAAAUAUGGGGACACAUGGACCGACUAGUUAGAUUCGUCUGUUGGGAAAUUUUAAUUCUUUAUUAAAGUGUUAAUGCUGAUAAUAUAUACUGUAUAAUUUUUAAAUCUGUGAUGUUUGUUGUUCAUUAAAUUCAACCGUUUAGUUCAAUUUUCCAACUUCAUAAAGGUAAGCUCCGAGAAGUUUAGUCUGAAAAUAACCGAAUUAAAAAUUCAAGCAUGUGAUAAUAGAUUGUGUACUUACUCCUUCUAUGUAGUUGUAAAUAUCAAUUUUUUCAUUCUGAGAGUGGGCUCCGUCAUCACAAGCUCCUACUGGGACUAAUAUAACAUUUUUACCAGUGGCCUCUUGAAGGGUUAGUGUCACCGGUAUAGAACCACCUUCACGGGUCAUAUCAGGUUCCGUUUUGUAUACAUGUUUGAUGGCACUUUUAGCCGCCUCAUAAUGAGGAUGGUUAGGAUCUUCAGUCCAAGGUUUGCCACUACUUACGAGGUUAACCUAUUUAAAAGAUUACAAAUAUUAAUUAAGAUAUGUAAACAUAUUUAAUGAUCUGGAUAUGAAAUACAGUGGAAUUUCCAUAACUCGAACUUCUCUAACUCGAACUUUUGAAUUGAAUUUAGAAAUCAAAUUUCAUACAAAUUUCCUUCCAUAACUCAAACUUCUUCAACUCGAAGUUUUCCAUAACUCGAAUUAUUGAAUUGGCAAUAGAAGUCAAAUUUCAUAGAAAUUUCCUUCUAUAAAUCGAACUUUUCGACCAGGGCAUAAUAAAAAAAUUAAAUUGUACUAUCGACGCAGAAUUUUAAAGAAGUCUCUAUAUUCGUAUGGAGGCGCACAAAAAAUAUGAUAUGGAUUUUAUAAAUCAUGUAACAAACAAAUGGGAUACAGACGCCAAGACCCAGACAGUAGCAAAACAACUAGAACUGUGUAUAACUCUAUAUUUUAAAGCUUUUUGAAAAAUUUUAUUUUUUAAUGAAGCAUUCUAUAACUCGAAGUUUUUUUGUGGAUUAUGGUGAUUCGAGUAAGAGAAGUUCCACUGUAAUUACCUUCAUUUUGUUUGGAGAACCUCGUUCUUGCCAUUUCGCAUUUAAGUAUUUGGUGACGCACUCAGUGAUAUGUUCUGGAUCUUGAUUAGGAACCAAGCGUAUGGAAAACUUUCCGAUUACUUUAGCUGGUAUUACAGUUUUUGCGCCAUGCUCAUAAAAGGCACCUUCUAUUCCAUGAAUGGAAAGGCUUGGAUAGCGCCAUCUGUGCAUCAGUAACUUGGUUUUGUCCUCAUUGUGAGGUAGACGACGGGCUCCAAUAUCGUUUCUAAAAAUAUAAACUUAACUCGUAUAUAUAUGUACAUAUAUAUAAAAACAGAUAUUUUUAAUUUAACUCCUUUACAUGGUUCCGAAACGCAUUUUGCUUUAAAAUACGAAAGAGACUAUUUGAUUUCUUAAUGUGUUAAUAAAUUUUAAUUAACAACGUAGCUACAAAAUAUAAAAUAAAAUUACAAAAAAAAAUCGAUACGCAUACUCACUUGUAUUCAUCAACUUCAUAAUCUAUGUUGUUGUAAAUUUCAUUUUCGUUAUGUAACAGCGGUGCCACCUGAAAAACAAGGUAAUUUCUAAUGACGACUGAUUUUUGAUAGUUUUUAAAAUUUCUCCAAUAUGUACUUCUACCUUUCUUUAAACCAACUUUCGAAGCGUUAUAUCUAGUGAGAUCAAGAAUUCUCAAUUUACACAAUAAUUUCUCUCCUUGAUUGGUGUGUUUAUUUUUGUUCUUCACCAAACCUUUGUUUCAAAUUGAUGAUUGUAUAUAGAAGAUAUUGCACCAGAGAAAUAGGAAGAAGUCCAAAUAUGAAACUCUAGAAGUUGAAUGCCUUUUUCGAUCUUUAGACGGAAAUAUGCAGUCUUAUUGGGCCUAAUCAAAAAUAAGUUUUUCGAUAUAAGUGAACUCACUUACCGACUUACUAAAAUAAAUUCCGUGGCUAAUAGAUGUCGGUUAUUUCGAAAUCAUACAAUCCGCACAAUCCAAACAAAAAUGAACCAUUUGGAAGUUUUUAUCCAAACAAUUAGUGAUGACGAACUAAAUUAUAUUUAAACUGGGUAUUUUAGAGACAAGAGCCAAAAACACACUAAUAAAAAUACAUUUCAGGUGUUCAAAAGCGAAAUAAAUUGCCCCUUGAAAUAGCGAAAGAAUUUUCCCAAAGAGGCGAAUUAAAUACUUUUUGGGAAGAAACUUUCAAACGUGUUGAAAGAAAAUGUAUUAAGGCAUCACAUGUAUAUAUUAUGGAUUAUUAAAGUAUUUUAUUUAUAGUUUGAAACAGAUUUUAAGUUUGUAACCAAAAAAAUACUAAAACGUAAAACUCAAACAUUCGAAACUCUCUAUAACAAACUCCAAUUGACUGGAUAUUUACUUCACUAUAUAGAAUGGCGCACUAUCGUCGAUUCGGCUAUAACCGGCUAAACGGUUGCAACGCCAAUCACAUACAUACAUAGAAAAGAAAAACAAUGUUGUUCCUUUUAACAUUUAACAUAGUGCUCUUAUAAUUUCUUCGCAAUAUAGAAAACUUCGUUAUAAAGGAGUUCGUUAUAGAAAGUUUCGACUGUAUGUAAACAAGAGGAUGAGCCCUUCAUAUAAGUAACCUGAAGUUUACUCGAGAAGGAGGUCAGUUUUAAACGAAGCAAAAAGCAUAGACAAUUAAAUAUUUCAAAUUUGUCGAUAAAACAGUUUUACGUUUUCAUUUUUCGUAGUUUAUCGACUGAAUCAAUUAUUGAAAAAAAAUUGUCCAUUGAAAAUCCUUAUCGUAUCGAAAUCGAAUUCGGAUUCAAUGAUUAGGCCAUUAUUUAACUAUCACUUAUAACUGAAAAAUGCUAUUCUUUAAUAUAAAUGUGAAUAUGCCGACUUGAAAUGUUUAAACUAAAUCGUCAUAAAUAAGUUAUAAUUACAGACAGUGGUUUUUUUUUUUUUUAAAUAUCAGCUUAAAGUUUUCAUCUUCAUAGAAAAUGUUAACUAAACGUAAAAAUGCGAUUCUGCUUAUAUGAAUACUUACAUCUCUAUCAAUGCCUGGAAUUUGAAUGUUGGUGUCCUUGUCUACAAGUAUGCUGAGUAGAUAACAAAGAUCUGGCAUAGCUUCAUGUACAGUACCCCCAAAUACGCCACUAUGCAAAUCUUUAACAGCACACUCUAUUUCAAUAGUGUAAUAAACUAAGCCACGAAGACCAUAGGUCAAACAUGGUCGUUUCUUUCCGAGCCAGUAAUUAUCAGAGAUGCAAACAUAAUCCACAUU